AUGCGACAAACGGUGGUCCUCCAGGUUACCAUGGAGGAAAUCCUCAAGGCCACGAGGAAUUUCUCCCCCUCUUUUAAGAUUGGACAAGGCGGGUUUGGGACGGUCUUCAGGGGAAGACUUGAAGAUGGAACCUUAGUUGCAGUAAAACGUGCUAAGAAGAGUGUAUAUGAUAAGCAUUUGGGAGUAGAAUUCCAAAGUGAGAUUCGAACACUGGCACAGGUGGAACAUUUGAAUCUGGUCAAGUUUUAUGGAUAUUUGGAGCACGGAGAUGAAGGGAUUGUUGUUGUGGAGUAUGUUCCCAAUGGAACCCUCAGAGAACACUUGGAUUGUAUUCAUGGCAAUAUUCUGGACCUUGUUGCACGGCUAGAUAUUGCAAUUGAUGUAGACCAUGCCAUCAACAAUCUUCAUACGUAUACAGAUCACCCUAUCGUUCAUAGAGACAUAAAAUCUUCCAACAUUCUCCUCACGGAAAACUUUAGAGCCAAGGUAGCCGACUUUGGUGUAACCCAUGGGUUUACCGAAGUUAAAGGAACUGCGGGCUACUUGGACCCUGAAUACCUCAGAACCUAUCAACUUACCGAGAAAAGCGAUGUGUCAUUUGGUGCGUUAUUGGUUGAACUAGUCACAGGCAGACGUCCAAAUGAACCAAAACGAGAACUCAAGGAGCGGAUAACGGCAAAAUGGGCCAUGAAGAAGUUCAUUGAUGGAGAAGCAAUUACAACAUUGGACCCAAGGCUGGAAUGUGAUGCUGCAGAUAACUUAGCCAUUGAAAAGAUACUAGAACUAGCCUUACAAUGUUUGGCUCCACGCAGACAGAAUCGGCCUUGCAUGAGGAGGUGUGCAGAGAUCCUCUGGAGUAUCCGUAGGGAUUACAGAGAGGUAUCAGCUUCAGGUAUCCGUUCACUCUCAUCCCAUUCCAUGAGGAGCACUUCAAUAAGAGAACAAUGAGGGAAGUAGCAUAAAAGAUCCUAAGGUGCGAGUAGUGAGGGUCAAUGAAUUCACAUUUGAACCAGAGAUGGAUAA